GCGGCGGAGCGGUAACCCGCCGGCGACAGCAGCUGGUCGGUUUCUCGAGGCUGGGGCUCCCCGUGGCCGAAGGGGCCGGGUUUCGGGCAGCCGAGGCCUCCAAGAGGCGCGUCUCGGGCCGGGGUCCGUGAGGAGUGGCGGAUAUGGCUCGUGGACAGCAGAAGAUUCAGUCUCAGCAGAAAAAUGCCAAAAAGCAAGCUGGACAAAAGAAGAAACAAGGACAUGAUCAAAAGGCUGCUGCCAAAGCUGCCUUAAUAUAUACCUGCACUGUCUGUAGGACACAAAUGCCAGACCCUAAGACCUUCAAGCAGCACUUUGAGAGCAAGCAUCCUAAGACUCCACUUCCUCCAGAAUUAGCUGAUGUUCAGGCAUAAAGUUGUUUACAGGUGAAUUCGUGACACCUUUGACUCUUCUCCUGUCUCAGACCUUAGGUAACAAACCUGCAGCUGCUUUUCUAACAAACUGUUGAUCAGCAAAAAUAAAGGGGCUACAGAAACACUCAUUUUUAUGCUGUUCCCUUUUGGGCUUCAUGCAAAGACAAUUCUGUGUAAAUGUACAGUUGACUCUGAUUUGGAAAUCUGAAAAUCAGUCCAUCCUUGUUAUAAAAAAUUUUUUUACAAUUGUAAUUAUAUUGAUGUUCAUAUUGUAUAAAAUAACUCAUUUAAUAAAGUAGUACUUUGAUUUUACAACAUCACAGGAUAAAUGGUUCUAGAAAUUCUGUUCUAACUUUCUACAUUAUUUGCCUUAUAAAAAUCGAAUGAAUUCAUCAGCUAGAAUUGCAAGCGCAAUUCCUAUCUCCCUUUCUAGGUUCAGGGGCAUGUUCAUAGUUAAACUAGAGCAGACUCAUUCAUUAAAUUUGUGCACACGAUUUUAUUGGCAGCUGCUGACCUAGGUGAAGAAUGACUUACCAGCUGCCUUAGUAUAUUGCAAUCAUGUGUCAUUUUCCCCUCUGAUUGUUUCUUGUGAUUGAGGUUGGAAUAUUUAAACUUGCUGUGUGACCUGGCUAUACCUGCCAGCCAGGUAUAGCUUGUAGAUAACUGAUAAAUUCCUUAAAGUGGUUGGAUUGUCAGUCAGCCCGUCUGAAAAAUUAGGUUCUGAAGUAUAUGCCACAGUGAAGUAAUCAGCCUACUGUUCAAUACAAAAUAUGAUGGAACAUACGUGAACUGGUAAAGAUCUAUCUUUUAUAAAUUAUACUUGAUUCUUUGAAAAUUGUUCAAGUUCUUUCAUUUGAAACUCAAACUCAUAAUUUUCAAAGGAGUUUUUGGAAGUUAAUUACAAUUUGGCCAAUUUAUGAAUGGAUUUUGCAUUAACAGAAAGAUUGGAAUGGCUUGGGACUGGGUUAAUUCCCAGAACCUUCUCCUUCCUUUCCUUUUUAAGUGAGUAGUUGAUUUUUACUUUGUUCUGGUUCCUAAAAUCAAAGGCUGUGUACAGUAUGACUUCCGUCUGAACUAGAAAAAUAUUAAAAUAGGCCAAUAUCCACAUUUUUUUGGCUCUAAGGAUGGGGAAGUGGGUUGGUUCCGAUGAAUGAGGUAAAUCCUACCCACUUAAAACAGACUAAUUUAGGUUUCUUCUAAUUUGCUUUUGCCAACUAUUAAUACAAGUGAAACCGCUGUAACUCAGUUUAAAUUUUAAAGUUGAUAGAAUAGGAAGAACACUCAAAUAUUUACUGGUAAUUGCUUAGAGCCGCAAAUCUGAUCCUGUGGCUUACAAAAUGCAUUCCCUCCUUCUGCUGUAACUCGUCAUUGCAUUUGUUUUGUAGCUGUACAUACUCUGCCCACCUUGUUUGUCUUCACUGUAAGUUUAAAAUAAGAUAUUUCCAAGGAAAAGCUUCAGUGGUGAUAGUUUCUUAGUAACUCCUAUUCUUAUACUCUUACUUUAAAAUAGUCAUUUUUUUCAUGUAUUUGAUUGUCUCAGUUUCAGAUUUAUUAUUUGUUAAUUCCCAAUAUGUUGGUUACCAGAACAUUAGAGUUGGCCUAAUUGCUUAUAGUGGUUAUUAACAGAAGUUCUGGUUAAAUUACAAUUUAAAAGUUUUUAAAAGUGCUUUGAGCAUAUGUAUGUUUAUGUUAGUAACAAAUCAUUUAAAAACCUUUCACAAGUUUUGGUUUAAUUUUUUUUUUCCAUUUGUUUUACUGACUAAUUCAGAAUAAAAGCUUUAUGUUCUUGUAUUUAACCCUUUUUUUUAUAAGCAGCUGAGGACACCAUAUUUAACUUUAGAGCUCAGUGAUUGGGAGAUGGCUGCAUUGAUAUAGCAUAAGGCAUUAAUUCUUACACUUCGUGUGAGGAUUAUUAGUGCAGUCCCCUUUUGUUGUGUUUGGCUUAAAUCGGCUGUAAGGGGAAGAUUACAAUUUUUAAACAUCCUCAUUAUUUAAUUUGAAGAUUCUUUAACAGAUCACAGCAAAGUUCAUUAUAAAACUGUUAUGGUGUCUUCAAAGACUUGAUAAAAUACACAGAAUUGCUCCUUUUGUAUUCUGUAUUGCCAUUAGUCGCCAAAAGGAAUGGGGUUAAGAUUAAACUUGUUUCCAUUCUCCUCCAUAUGCAUCUACAUCCCCAUGUUUAACUGACACACUGGGGGCUCAGUUGUGUGCUGUAAUGUCUUAUUAAAGAAGAUAUUAAAGAAAACUAAAUUAGUCUAAUUUCUUCUACAUUUUAGGAGAUUUUUAUAUUGCCUUUUCCCAUUUUUUUUUUUAAACUUUUCAAUUUAGAAUUGUCUCUUGAGUGUAGAAUUUGGUAGUUCUAAGGGUGGCAAGAGAUUUCUUUCAUUUCUCAAGGUUUUCCCUUUAGUCUAUCUGUUUGAGGUCUAUAGAAUACUUCUUAAGAAUAAAAGGAAAAACGUUGCUUAGAACCUUGCUAUAUUAAAUAAGUGUAAGCUGUUGGAAGGGGGAAGUAAUCAGCUAUUAAUAUAAAAAUAAUACUAAAACAAAAAAUGCUUAGAUCAGUUAAUUGAAUUGAAUGGAUGGAUAAGUCCUUAAAGACAUUGACUCAGAUUUGAGAUAACACUUUUGGUUUUAUGUUAAGAUAUUGUAUAGCUAAUUAAUCAUAUCAUACUGGGAUGUAUGUAGCAUGAAUAAGAUAGGCUUUACCAACAUUAUUAUUUUACCCCCCAAAACCUUUGUUUUUCAUUUUUUAAAUAUGUGGAAUAUACUGUACCUGUUUUAAAAUGUGGUUAAUGUAGAGGCCUUUUUCUAUAAUACAGUGAUCGAUCACAGUCCAAACUAUAACUGAAAUAUAUUUAAACUUAUGAAUCUGCAUUAAUUCAUUUGUGCUAGAAUUUUCGUUUUGGGGGUAGUUUUUGGUCUGGUUUAGUUUUGGUCACAGAUAAUAUCCUUUUUAGAGUGUAUUGCAAUGAAGAUCAACACUAGGGGGUUGUGUUUACUGUGACUUUACAUUCUGAGAUCUUUCAGGCUAGCUUAAUUUUAUCUGUUAAAGUUUCAGAAAAAUCUUAAGUGCUCCCAAUGUGAAGAUUUAAUAAAACAUCUGUCUGCUUGGCUGAGAAAAUAGAUGUUUUAUUAAUGAAAGUACAACCUGUCUUUAUUAAUUGUGGAUUACCAUAUUAAACUGAAAAUUAAAUAUCUUCUAUUUUAAAUGUU